AUGAGCGGAACUCCUGAAAUCACUAACUUAGAUUAGGCCAUUGAAGUUAUGAAUGGUAUUCUUAGUGGUAAUAACGAAAAGAUUAAGAUUGGUACUAAGUUGUUGAAGCAUUUUUGCAAGAAGACUGAUUCCAUCAGUAUCUUCACUUACAUUUUGGCUCAUUGCCAAUAAGAUAACUUGAGACACUUAGCUGGUAUUUUAUUAAAGAGAAACAUGAUCGCUAAUUUCUCUAACUUGGCAGAACAAGCUUAAAAAGAUUUACAAAUGGUUCUCUUAGAAAGAUUCUUUUCUGAAUCAAUGAAAUCCGUUCGUAAAUCUAUCGGUGCCUUGAUUGGUAUCAUUGCUAAGCUUACCCUUCCCGAAGGAAAGUGGGCUGAACUCUUAUAAGUCAUCCAACAACAUACCGACAAGUCAUAAACUCUUUAAAACAGAAUUUACGGUCUCUAACUUCUUGAGUUAGUCCUCGAUUAUUCAGCUUCUUCUAUUUCUAGCUUCUACAACAAUUUCUACCCCUUCUUCAAGGAAUCUAUUCAAGACUCUAAUAAGGACAUCAGAAUUGGUACCCUCAAGUGCUUAGUUAACCUUUUCGAUAACAUCCAAGAUAUGACUGCUGACCAAAUUAACUUAUAUAAAGAAUUGGUUGGUCCUAUCUUGAAUAUCUUAGAUUCUUUGAUAGAUCAAAAUGACGAAGACUUAGUUUACUACUGCUUUGAUGCUUUGAAUCUUUUAACUGAAAAUAAGAAAAGUAUUCUCGACCAACAUUUGGGUCAAAUCGUUGAAUAUAUGUGCUCAAAUAAGGUUUUAGGAAAUCCCAAGCUUUCUAAGAAGAUCAAAGAAGUCGUUAUUGAUAUGAUUUUCUCUGCAUCCUAAUACCAUAAAUCUGUUUUCAACAAGAAUACUCCCUUAUUGAAGAAAGUUAUUGAAUCUAUUUGCCUUAUUAUUGCUACUCCUUUCUCUGAAGAAGAUUUAGAAGAUGGUGAAGAACCCUUAUAAGAUAUUGCUUUAUGGUUAGUUUUAUCUUUGAGCAUGGUUUUGAAUAAGAAGAAAACUUACGGUGUCCUCUUGGAAGCUAUCACUGCUUUAAUUCACUCUGGUGAACCCAAUAAAAUGAACAGUGGUUUCCUCAUUUUGGCUUAAUUAGCUGAAGGUUGCUACGAAUAAAUUGCCAGAAACUUAGCUAAUCCUAUUAUGAGUGACUUCAUGGUUAAGGGUUUGAAUCACCCUGCUGGUGAAGUUAGAGGUGCUGCUAUUAAAGCUUUGACUUACUUCGCUGAAUACUUGCCCGUUGAUGUUUGCAAAUAUCAUAGCACUAUCGUUCCCGCCAUUAUCAGUACCUUCGAUGAUCUCAAUAACAAGGUUGCUGAAAAAGCCAUUAUUGCUAUUGAUAUCUUCUGCGAUAACUUAGAACCUGAAGAUUUAGAAUUAUACAUGUAAUCCAUCACUGAAAAGUUAUGCAUGAUUGCUAUGAAGGAUAACUCUACUAUGUUAAUGAGAAGAGUUUCAGUUAGUGCUCUCGCUUCUUGCAUUUCUACUGUUGAACACAAAUUCAAGCCUUUCGUUACUGUUGUUGCUAAUUUAAUGCACUAAAUUAUUGGACUUGCACACAAUGCUGAAGUCAUCGCUUUAAAGGCAGAAGCUAUCAACUGCUUAGGUAAAAUUGCUGCCGCCUUCAUUUCUGAAGACAGAUCUAUCUAUGAGCAACACGUCGUUCCUUGCUUAGAAACUAUUUACCACUUAUUAACUACUGUUGAUGACUUUGAAAUGAGAGAAGGUUGUUUCUCAUUCUUCUACAAUCUCGCUCACGCCAUCGGCAGUGAAUUCGAAGUCAUGUUCGAUAAGCUCAUCGAAUUUACUCUUAAGUAAGCUGCCAGUGAAGAAGGUGUCACUUACAACAAAAACGGUAAGAACGGUGAAUUCUCACUUGACUCCGAUAGCGAAGAAGAAGAUGAAGAUUUGCUUGAAGACGAAGACCACAAUACUGCUGUCAACAUCAAAACUGCCUUUGUUUUAGAAAAAUCUGCUGCCAUCACUGCUGUUGGUCAAUUCGCAGUUGCAUGCCCUAUGAAGUUUAUUCCUUACUACGAAAAAGCCUUAUCCAUUCUUGAAACUUGCUACAAUUAUUUCGACGAAAAUGUCCGUCAAUAAGUCUGCAAAUGCUACAAGGAUCUCUGUGUUGCCAUGGUUAAAACUGCCAAUAAUGGUGUUCUUCCCAAGUUCGAAAGAGGUCUCCCCGUUAAGGCUCGUUUCCCUGAAAAGAUUGAAAACGUUAUUCAAAUUGACAUCUUCUAGAAAUUCUUGUACUAUCUCAACUAAGAAGAAGCCUGCGAAGUCACUGGUAUGGCUAUUGAAAUUAUUGUUGAAUUAUUUAAGACACUUGGUCCUGCUUGCUUUGAUAAAAACUUAGACGAUAUUUCUAAUGCUAUCGUUAAGCUUUUAGAAAACGAAAGCGAAGAUGAUGAACUUGGUGGUGAUGAUGAAGAAGAUGAAGACGAUGCUGAUGGAUACGUUAUUGAAGCUCUCACUGACUUAAUUCCUACUUUGUGCAAGCUCUGUGGUGAUACUUUUAGCUUAAACUUCUAAAAGAUCUACCCUUCCAUGAUGAAAUACCUUAACCCCAAGAGAGAUAUCAGCGAAAAUAUCUAUAUGGUUGGUUGUUUCUCUGAAGUCAUGAAAUAUACUCCUAAUUUCCUCCUCUUCACCAGAGAAACUCUUAUUCCCACUUUGUUAGAAAAGGUCUAAUACGGUGAUGAUGAAAUGAAUAGAAACCUUGCUUUCUGUCUUGGUAACAUUGUUGAAAAGGGUCUCAACCACGUCUAAGAAGCUCUUCCUACCAUUCUCAAUAUCUUAAAGAAUAUCUUUGAAACAUCAGUUGAAUAAGCCACUAAGGACAAUGCUGCUGCUGCCCUCUGCAGAGUUAUGAUGACUAUUCCUGACUAGUUCCCUCUUGAUGCUGCUCUUGAUUAAAUUCUUUCUAUCGCUCCCUUCUAAGGUGAUGAAGCUGAAGAAAAGACUGUCAUUAGAACCCUCCUUUUCCUUGCAGAAAAGUAUCCUUAAGUUAUUACUCCCAAGAUCAACAAAGCCAUCGCUCUUUUCGUUGAUGGUCUUGCUAACCUCAAAUUAUACAACAUUAAGGAUGAAUUAAAGGGUAAAAUUGUUCUCCUUCUUAAGAACCUUGCUAACAACUCUGCUGAACACAAAGCUCAAUUAGAAUAGGUUGUCUUCGCUAGUGAAGAAAAGGAAAAGCUUAUCAAGUUAUUAUAAUGA